AUGGCACUGAGGUUUGGCAGGUUGCUUUUGCUCGGGCGGGCUCUACCGGUCUCUGUGAGGUGCUACUCCCAGGCUGAAGGCUUCCGGGAGCUCCAUCCGUCGCUCAUCAAGCGUGCCACAGGCUACGCCGCCGAACUGGAGACGCUGGAGAAACUGCUGUCUAAAGGAGAGAGCUUCGAUGUGGAGAAGCAGAAGAAAUACUCCAAGCUGUCCUCCAUUGUAGAUACAUUCAGGGCAUACCAGGACAAUGUUCAUAUGUAUCGGGAACUGCAGGACAUGAUCGCGCAAGACGCCAGCCUGCGCACGGAAGCCCAGGCAGAGCUGGACGAGCUGGCUCCGACGCUUGCGCGCUCUGCGGACACGCUACUGGACAAGCUGCUACCACCGCACCCGUUUGCAGAGAAGCCCUGCAUAGUAGAACUGCGGCCGGGAGUCGGCGGUAUCGAGGCGAUGAUCUUCACGCAGGACCUGCUCAACAUGUACAUCGGGUACGCGCAACACCACCGCUGGAAGUGGAGCGUCACGUCCGCCACGGAAAACACUACUGGUGCCGGGCUCAGCGAGGCUAUCCUCAGCAUCGACGAGCCCGGCUCCUACGACCGCCUGAAGUUUGAGUCCGGCGUGCACCGCGUGCAGCGCAUACCCGCGACCGAGUCCAAAGGCCGCACGCACACGUCCACAGCAGCCGUGGUGGUCCUGCCGAAGAUGGCAGAGGAGGCCGAGUCGGACGCCUACGAGCGCACGUUCAAGCCCGGCGAGAUACGCAUCGACGUCAUGCGUGCUAGCGGAAAAGGUGGCCAGCACGUCAACACGACUGAUUCUGCCGUGCGCAUCACGCACUUUCCCUCGGGCAUCGCCAUCCACAUGCAGGAGGAGCGUUCGCAGCACCGCAACAAGGCGAAGGCCUUCCAGAUCCUGCGCGCGAAGCUGGCCGACCUCGAGCGCAAAGAGCGCGAGGCCCGCGAGCGCUCCGCCAGAAAGGAUCAGGUCUCCUCCACGGACCGGUCCGACAAGAUACGAACCUACAAUUUCCCCCAGAACCGUGUGACAGACCACCGCUGCGCCGUCUCGCUUCACGCACUUGCCGAGGUGGUCACGGGGGAGCGGCUCGACGAGCUGAUAGACUCGAUGGCCCGCUACGACAGCGAGCAGAAGGCCAAGCUCCUCUUGAAGGAGAUGGAAUCCACCACCUGA